AGCCGGACGCCGCGCCGCCGACAGAACGCCGCGCGGUGACCAGGCUUAGUGAUCAUGGCUGUCAAUGCCGCUACCUGCCGGAUCUCCCCGGAGUAUUCCGAACACAAGCUCACCGCCAAGGAGAAGAAUAGGAUAAGGAAGCCAGCGGUGGAGAAGAUGCGCAGAGAUCGCAUUAACAGCAGCAUCAAUCAGCUGCGCAAAAUCUUGGAGCAAGAGUUCCAACUGCUGCAACCGGAUUCCAAGCCUGAGAAGGCCGACGUGCUGGAAAUCGCUGUGCAGUUCCUGAGGCAGACCAUGGGCAGAGAUGGCAAUGGUGGCAAACCAUUCCCAAGGACGGAGCAGAAGCAGUUCAGACAAGGCUACUCGAAGUGUCUGCACGAGACGCUGUCCUAUCUCACCAUCCAUCGCGUUGAGGAGGAGGCCCAGAUCAGACUACUGAACCACUUCCACCGACUGGAGACCCCCCGAGAACCCAGUCACCUCCAGGCCUCCUCUCAGCCCUCCACCCAACAGGCAAAGCACCACCAACCCCCAACUGGCAGCUUCAAGCCUUUGUGGAGACCAUGGUAGAGGAGCUGGACCAUCACCGCGUCCUAUCACAUUGAUAGGACUUACUGUAAACCCAGGAGGACCCAGAGAUCGCUGGAAUCCUCUUCCCUCGUGUAUUUCCCUAGUGGAAGGUGAUCUGAUGGAGAUCAAUGUUUGCUUCAUAAUGAAGAAUGUAUCAUGCACUUAUAGGAUGGGACAAUCCAUUAUUAAAAAAGAAAAAAAAAAACAUUUCUGACCUCCUUCUGAAAAUGCUAAUUGCCUGGCUGUCUCUGAUCUCAACAUUCUCUGGUCUGAGCCAAGCAUGCAGAAAAUGGCAUUCCAAUUCCUGAUUCCCACUUACAAGGUGACCGACUCAGAAAGCACGAGGGGCCCAUUUACAUUUGUGCGUCGCUUUGAUGUCCACACGUUAAGGCGCGUUAUGUUGCGUGUUAAUGUGCGUUGCUUUAGGGCAGCCCAUUGAAACGAAUAGGCAGCCAAUGGAGCAUUCGCCAUGCAUUACAGCACGCUGUAUUGGGAUGCCAUUCAAAAUGAAUGAUGUGACGUGCGUUGCUGCAGGUGCAUGGUUGGAAAUGGGGGGCCCUUCACAUCAGUAUGCAGGUCAGGCAAAUGGCAUUUUCAAAAGAAGAGGACAGCAGUGGCAAUCUGCAAAUUUUUCCCAGUACAGGUUUAUCUUUUUUUUUUUUUUAA